CGCCUCGAUUUCCCAAGAACCAAUUCGGCGAGUGUCACCGUGUUGAUACGGAAGUCCCGGUGGAAACUCUGCUGGCAAUUCUCUACCCUCAGCAUAAUCUAUGCCUUCUAAUCUCUGAGCUGCAGCCAUUAUCCGGAGCAGAUAUUUAUAUUUCCGUGUGUUUUUACGUCAACCACGUGAGUUAUGGCAGCUCUGAAAUUCGCGGGUAUGGACGAUACAGACAGUGAGGAUGAGUUGCCUCCUGGAUGGGAAGAGAGAUCUACCAAAGAUGGAUGGGUCUACUACGCAAACCAUGAUGAAAUGAAGACACAGUGGGAACAUCCGAAGACCGGAAAGAAAAAACGUUGUGCUGGAGAUUUACCGUAUGGUUGGGAGCAAGAAACUGAUGAGAAAGGACAGAUCGUUUAUGUUGAUCACAUUAAUAAGAGGACCACGUAUUUCGACCCUCGCCAAGCAUUUACAGUCGAGGAUGUAGUGCUGAAACCAAAACGUUAUGAUGGAAACACAGCCGCUCUGGAGAUCCUGCAAGGUCGCGACCUCUCUGACAGAGUCGUUGUCAUCACUGGGGGCAACUCGGGCAUUGGCUUCGAGACAGCCAGGUCCUUCGCUCUCCAUGGGGCCCACGUGAUCCUAGCGUGUCGAAACCUGACCCGCGCAAACAAGGCGGUCACGCUCAUACAGCAGGAAUGGCACAAAGCGAAGGUGGAAGCGAUCAUGUGUGAUCUGGCCUCUCUUCAAAGCGUCAGAGAAUUUGCAGAUGCUUUCAAGGCCAAGAAACUGCCCCUCCACAUUCUGGUGUGCAACGCGGCGGUGUGCACUCAGCCCUGGAGCCUGACGGCAGACGGCCUGGAGUCCACCUUCCAGACCUGCCACCUGGGUCACUUCCUGCUCGUGCGGUGCCUGCAGGACGUGCUGCGGCGCUCGGCGCCCGCCCGCGUUGUGGUGGUGUCUUCAGAGUCUCACAGGUUUACGGACCUGUUAGACUCCAGUGGGAAGGUGGACUUGGCCCUGUUGUCCCCGCCCAAGUCGGAGUACUGGUCCAUGGUGGCGUACAACCGGGCCAAACUCUGCAACAUCCUCUUCAGCAGCGAGCUCCACCGCCGGCUUUCGCCCCACGGCGUCACCUGCAACGCCGUGCAUCCAGGGAACAUGAUGUACACUUCCAUCCACCGCAGCUGGUGGCUCAUGACCCUUCUCUUCACCCUGGCCAGGCCUUUCACUAAAUCUAUGGGUCACGUCCUGCCCUCUAACUCCUGACCUCUGACCUUUGACCUUGGAUCGUCAGCCAGCAGACACCAGCGCCGGGCUGACAGCUCCCAAAGCCCACUGACCCUAAAGAAAGCAGAGGGACGGAGACAGAGAGGAGGGGAGAGAGAGAGAGAGAGAGCCUCGACUGUUGACCUCUCUUCCAGGGAGAGCAGUGCACACCCAGCCAGAGUGACAGUUUACCUGUUCGAGGGGUCAAGAAGCGAGAGGAACAAGAAACAGAGGCCUCGUUUAUGAAAUAGCAAAAGCUAAGUGAGAAGGAACGAAGCAAGGGCUGCGAGGAUCGAGCGGCGGGUGGAGGGGGUGGAGGUAAAGAAUGGGAUAGGAGGACAAACAUGAGUGAACCUGGAUGGUGGAGGUCACACUCUGCCCGAGGAGACAGGUGCCUCAAGAUUAGCCUGCGCAUUAAUGGCCUGUACUUUACUACACUCACAUACACAUGCAUGCACAGCGCGAGGCACUCCUGGAGAACUCCUAUACCGCAGGGACGGGGAACUGGUGAGAACACAGCUCUGACUCUCAUAUCCUAUUUAUACACCCUUUCCUGUACAUUACAAUCCUAUUUAGCUCACCCUGCUUCCUACACAAUCCUAUUUAUGGACUCACCCCCACCCGCCACCGCCACACACCCACCUUCCACUCUCAAAUCCUAUUUGUGUGCCCUCUCCUCCUGUAUGCAGGUGCCAUCUAUCCAAAAGGCUGCCUAUUGGGUGUGUAAGCUGUGAUUCAAAUCACUGGUGUGUGUGUGUGUGUGUGUGAUUUGUGUUUUAAUGUAGCACUGAAAUUGGAGUGUUCCACCCAGGACUCACAGACUGUUCCUGGACUCAUGGCGGCAUUUAUCACUCCUGUGGCUAACUAGGGCCGCGAUGUCUCUCAUCUCAAGCAAAAAGGCUGAAAAGUUGCUUCAACCUGAUCACCCUUCGAGGCAACACUCUCACCUCUGUCUUUGCCUGUGGGAUCAGAAACUCCCAAACUGUCGAGGUGAGACGGGGGAUGCUUGACCCCUGAUGUGCUACGCCACACAAACGAUCUGCAAGCACAGACAAGCGUCUGUGUCUUCUGUCCCGUCCCAUCUCCACCUGUCCACGUGACAGGCCUCUUAUCCUCCAUUAGUGUAUUUAGGCAGGACAAAGUGCCCGUCCACAUCACGGGCCUGUCUCCACCUGACUCCCCCACCUGUCACUCACCCGGCGUUAUGAAAGUAUCCUCAUUCUGUUUGAAGGUGGGAGAUGAAAGGAGAACUGCAGUCAGGGACCUGGUUGCCCUGACACACUUGAUUAGAGUAGCCACAGUCAGAGAAGGGGGUCGGCGAGGAUGUUCCUGCCUGCCCGGAUUAGGGGAGGGGGUGCAGACGUAGUGUAUGUAGAGCAGGGCUCUGCGGCUGUCUUUAUUAGGGGCAGGAAGGUGCAGCAAAGUGGGCGUGGUUGCUUCUCGAGCCGAAGGCGUGGACUUUCACAGACAGAGGCGGCGAUGAGGCCUUCGCACGCUGAAACGGACACGCCACCGGAGCACAAGGUUAAACAAGCUGCUGCUGCUGCUGCUGCUGCUGCUGCUGGAUCGGCCGCCUCCCUGUGUGCACAGCUGGACCAGUUUGAGUUAUAUCGAUGCCCGGUGCGAGCGAGUGAUGUAUGACGCCUCGCGUUUGGCAGACGUUUUUAUCCAAAGCCAACACCGGAGUGAAAUAGUGUAACUGGGCUGAAUUUAUUAAUCAUUCAAUUAACUAAAUGUUCCGUCGUGGUAUGGUUCAGAUGAAUGGACUGUCACUCUUUAAUGCAAUCUAAUUCUCGGUACACCUCAAGACAGAUGCUAAGAACCCCACUGCUGCAACUCUUUAAUUUCUCUCACCCUCUCACCGCCUUUCACUUGCAUUACUUACGAUAUUUCCCCGUCCAUUUUUGUCACACUCACUUCUGCUGUAUUAUUUCUCUCUGCCGUGGCGCGAGCUUAAAUUGUGUUGCGGCUCGCAAUCUUCAUCUCCUCGCCCCCGUCCCACCGCCUACUCUCCCCAGAUUCUUCCUGUGUGUCUUUGGGGCCGGCUGGUAAAGACAGUCGGGGCAGUCGAUCGUAUCAGACUAUGAGGCCAGUUCAACCAUAAAUUACCUGCAGCUAACAAAGCGUGCGGCUGUAACUAUUACACAGCCAGUCAAAGUCACCCCGGCUCCGCACUCUCGCAGGCUGAGGAGCUGCAGACCCCAGAGAGUGCAGUGUUUGUGUGGAUCUGCUCACGCGCACAGUGACAUUUGAAUAUUUACAGGAAACGAACAUAGUUGUGAAUGAAUGACAACCUAAUGUGAUCACAAAAGCUGAAAAGAUGCAACAAAACUUGCAAAAAUCAGACAUUAAAGUUAGACAUAUGAAUUCAUAUUCUUCAUAUUUUGCUCAUGGCCAAUGUGUGACUGCAUACAUUAAAAACAUUUAUAAGACAAAUAUUACAGUUCUAGCAUAGGGGUCACACAAAAUGAACUUUUAUCCCUCGUCUCUACAUAAAAAUAUCAGGUGAUGUCAUCUGGAAGUCCAGUCCACUGCUACAGCCAGUAUGAGUGAGACGAUGACAUCAUCGCAAAUGCAAAACCUGGAGGAAAGCGAGAGGGAGAGAUGGACCCACGGCCAGCGCCUGAUGUGUUGUGUUUGUUGUUCUUUGGUGCAAACGGUUCUUUGGGGUGCUUCUUCUGGUCCUUUGUGCGUUUUAACCCUUUGCUGUGAGGAGACGGCGCCGCUCCUCUCUCCCCGCCGUGCGUGCGGCUCUGUGUUAUUGGCUAAUUGAGAGCGUGUUCAGUGCUGCAGCUCUGCCCCGGAGGUUAGUGUUAGCACACACACACUGUAGCAGGACAAAUGAGAAUACACCCCGCCAUCUGCCCAGGAGAGACACUCCCUCACCCUCUCCUUGUCGCUUUAACCUUGUCCUCCCUUCUUUCGCUCCUUUCAUCUUCUUUCUAUUCCUUCCUCCACGCUCCCGCUUCUCUCCCCUCACCCUGCCACACCUCCCGCCCUCCCUUCUCCACAUCUUUUCCAUCUUCCCACAGUUUGAUUCUCUGCUCGGCCAUUCUGCGCCGCACUCCAUCUCUCCCACUUGUUUCCUCUGUUCUCUCCGCCGCCUGCCUUCCUGCGCUGUGGGUGAGUCAGUGGGCGCUGCGUUCGCGGGGGUUCAGGCUGUCGUGUUAAGGUCUUACCGUGCUCCGACCGCAGACUUUCAGACUUUCCGUGGGCACGAUCCAUAGGGGCUGACACUGAAGGUGACCCCCGGUUGGUAACCUUGGAGACCAACUUUAUUAAAAUGAAUUUGAGUAGAGGGACCAUCCUGACAGCAGCAUAAUUACAUCGCAGAGCAUCAGCACUAAUUUAUGCAGCCUGCAUUCAACCGGUCAGGAGUGCCGAGAUGGGGUCAGCGUGGACACACUGAGAUAAACACACACACACACACACACACACACACACACACACACACACACACACACACACACACACACACACACACACACACACACGUACAUGCCUUCACGCAAACACUCGCAAGAGUAUACUGGGACACACACUCUCGCACUGACACACACACACACACACACACACACACACACACACACACACACACACACACACACACACACACACACACACACACACCUACACCUGGAUCAGCAUAGCAAUAAAAAUAGGCUCAGUUUGUUCUUACACUGCACAAUAGACAGGCACAUUCCUACGUAGUGCUUUUACUGCUUUGGGGGUCAGUAUGUGUUGGAGUUUGAGUACACAUACAUAUAGAGUACAGUAUGACCUGUGAGUCUCCAUGUGCCAGAGAGACAGCGUGAGUAUAUUUAGCAGUUAUCAGGAGAGCUGCUGGACAGGUCUUAUUAGUGUCAGAGUCUGAAAAGUGCCACAUGCCACUAAAACUUCCUGUCCUGACAAAGGGGUUCUCCGCGGCAGGGGGGCAACGGAUGCAGUGGGUUUUAAAGGUACAGUCCAGUGGAUCAGUGUGACUGUUAACUAGUGUAGUAUCUUUUUUACGUGACUCUAAUUGCAUCAGAUAAAGCUUGGCUUUAAAGCCAUUUAAAAGGUAACUUCGUCUGCUGUCAAAUGACUUAUCCCAUCGGAUUCACAAGCUCAAAAUAAGCGCGUAAUUACUCCCAUUAACAAAUUAAUCUGUAGAGCAACUUGUCCCAAAUUGAAGAAACACCUGUGAGUGGUUUUGCGCUUUAGUUUGUUUCUGGCUGUUACUUUAUUGGACGAUCAAGAUGCAGGAAUGAGGCCAUGCGGAGGUUUGCAGCGGUGGACGCCGCAGUCUCGGGCCACGUGCGGUCCAUUCACUUAGCAGGGUCUCCCUCAUUGCAGUCCUGUGUUGGCUUUUCAUUCAGCUUACAGCUAACACUUGGGGAUUUCAAUCACUUUCAUUUAUGCAUUGAUUGGUCGGGUUUCUCAGCGCUCAUUAGGCUCCAUUAACAAAGAUCCAUAAUGAGAGAAAAACAAUUCUGAUAAUGUGCUGCUGGCUGCAGGCUGAGAACGUGCCCACCCGUUCCUUGAUCACAACUCAGCUCUGGCUCGUGGACGGACGUCUGCAGCGGUGGGCCGUAUCCGAUUUGAUGUAAGAAUGCAGAAGAGAGAGCGACGGGCUGAAGUAGGAGGCUGGAGCGAGUACAGGGGUGGAAGAGGAAUGGGACAGAGGAGGUGUGGCAGGACAAAGUGCAGUGGAGGUGGUGAUCAAGUGGUUGGUGGGGGGGGGUGGUCAUGUACAGCGGACAUAAGUCACAGCUCCAGUCAUUUCAUUGUAGCCGUUGUGACCAAGGGCACACUAAUCUAUCCCAUUAGCAAAUCUCUCCGACUCUCUCAUAAUGUUACCGCUAGCUGCUCUCCUGUGACGUGUUCCUGCUUUGAGUGUGUGUGUGUGUGUGUGUCUGUGUGUGAAAGAGAGGGAGUGAGAAGGGAUGAGUUUGAACUGGGAGGAGACAAUGUGAACGAGGCAGUGUGUGUGUGUGUGUGUGUGUGUGUGUGUGUGUGUGUGUGUGUGUGUGUGUGUGUGUGUGUGUGUGUGCGUUUGCGUGCGUUUGCGUGUGCGUGUGUGAGCGCACGUGCGUGUUCGCUCGCAUAAUGACAGUUCAGCUAGUUGCUCUCCUGUGAAAAUGACACGUUCCUGCCAAAUUAAUAUCAUUACUAUCAGAGUUUAAUGGGCCAGCGCUGCCUUCUUAUUUAAAACGGAACAUCCCUCUGUCGACCUCCACCACGAGGGGGAAGGGAGGGCGUAGGAGACCGGAUUAGAAGAAAUGGUUAAACGAGCAGGACGGAGGACGUGAGUGGACGAGGAGGAGCACGAGCUUAAAGGAAGGAAACACGGGGCAUAAAAACAUCACGGCGAAGACCAAGGUUCUAACGUUUUUUAUUCCACUGGCCUGAGCCCCAUCCACAGCUGUUUGCUCAGCAGUGCCCCUCUCUCCCCCCGUGCUUAUAUCUCCACAGCCUCAUCCUGCUCCGCUGUACAAUAGGGCUGCCUCUCAGUCGUGAUGUUAGAUUUUGGGAACCGUGUUCCCGGUAAUUGUUACAGCCGCGUGCACGUCUGCUGUUGAAGUGACGCCCGCUAUCAUCAUCGGUGUUUAACAUAACAAAAAGCCCGCUUGUGUUUACAGGGUAUUUGCUGUAUUGGGAGGUUUCUCCUUUUUCCGUGGUGGUGAAUUCAGGACAUAACUCGCAUGUUCUCUGGUCACAUUGUUUUCAUUCUCUGUUUCAGGACUUCACAGUAGAUGUGUGUAGCACUAUGAGCGGCCUGUUACUGUGUCACUCUCCACUUGGAGUCAGCACUGUGAUAAUGAGUUCAUUUGGAAAUGCACUCCGCGGGCCGCCUGUGCACGUGGGCGUGUGCACGGCUGUGUUUGCACAUAUGUGCAUAUUUGCACAAUCUGUGUACAUGUGAAUAUAGCUAUUGCAAACCACAUGGUACAGUGUGUGUGUCUGUGUGUGUGUGUGUGUGUGCACGUGUGAAACUCUGGGUUUGUGAAUAUGUCAGCUUGCCGCAGGAGACCAAUUAGCUGGUGCAUCAGUGAGGAGGUGAGCAUACACACACCUGUGUGUGGACCUAUUACACCAGCUCAUCACAUACUCACACAGCGACACGGAGACAGCAUUGCUUCGCUCAUAAUAGAAACACACUGACACUUACAGUACAUUGACCAUAUGGAAUAAUGACUUCACUGUGUCAAACUGUCAGGCGUUAGUCAGCGGCGCGCGGUGUUUCAACCAGGUGUGGCUAACUAACCAGCGUUGUGAAUUAGGGCUUGUGUUAGCGCUCCUGAAUGGUUGUCGUUACCAAUGUGCGCUUCGCGUUUCACCCUCUUUUCCUCAAGCGCCCGCGCGAUCGCAGCACAGUCGGUCCCCCUCUCAACUCGGUGGCAUCGUGAAGCGAUGCAAUCAGGUGACAGUGAAAAAGCCGAUCACAGCUAAUAAAGCAGCCAGGUCCCUUCAUGUAUAAUUCAGAUCUUUUAUGGAGGGCUAUGCACCCAUAUGGGCGUGCUAAAGGAAGACUAAGGCCAUUUCCAGGCAGAGAAAAGCCCUUUUAAAAGCUAAUCCGCGUGCCAGAGUCCUGCUCCUUUUACUGCUCCUGUUUAAUGAAUAGGUGUCCAAUAAGGCCUUUUAUUGUCUUAGCAUAUGUUGCUUUUAUUAGGGGAAAAUAAUUAGGUUGUGCGGAUCACUUCGGAAGUCCUCUCGCAAGAUAAAAAUGAGAUAGUUUCACAGUCGUUGCGCAAGUCCUUCCGACUCCCUGUCGUUUUCCCCUCGGAUGCCUUGCGCCCCAGCCCCUCGUCUUCCGCCCUCCGUCCCCUCCUCGUCCCCUCCUCUCUUGUUAAUGUCCCUCCUUCUCGGCCCUCGUCCUCCUUUGCUAUUGUUCCCCUGAACGCGCCAGCUUUGAACGUACAGCAGCACAUUCGCACGCGGACACGACAGAUGAGCAGUCGCCGCGUGACGGGAGGUGGUUCGUGACUGACACCUGGUUGAUCUUAUCUGUUGAGAGGCGGCGAAGGAAAAUGGCAGCACAUAGAAAAGGAGGAGUAAUAGUCCAUGGGGUUGGGUUGUGUUCCUGUCCUUCUGCAGUUUAUCCCUCUGUUCUUUUAUCUCUCUGACUCCCCCUCUUAUACUAUGAGUGAAAGAAUAUCAAUGGGCUUCAUCUGUGAUUUGGGACUCUGGGGAAAGUGAUCCAUUUACCUCAAAGUGGUCCUACUGCGACCGCUGAGACCCAUGAAGCCUCAGCUACAGCAGCAUUGCAUGCCCGGUCCUGUAAGUUAUGAGGCCGGAGGGGGAUGGGGCUGCUGGGGAAAACGGGAUCUGCAGAGGGCUGAUGGCGAGGAAGGGGGCCGAGGAUGGAGCAGGGAGCGCGGCCGGCAGAAAGGCACUGAGCCGGCGUGAUAAAGGAACGAAAAGAGGGAUGAGGAGGAGGCCGGCCCCUCCAUCCUGUCCCUAAUGCCCCUCAGGGGAGCACGCUGCCCAUAGGUGAGUAUUAGCCAUCAGCCUGUGGGCUAAUGGAGGGUAUGAAAUAGAGUUUAGUACACACAGAUGACCAGGGGCAGGCUAAUCGCUGGGGACACCCAUGAUACGGCCAGCUGGCUAUUCUCAUGAGAUCGCACUCAGAUUAAGGGCACGACUCCCACUCAAAUAAAUGCCCUAAUGGUCUUUGCUGCUGAACAUGUGGAAGUUGAAACCCAUUGUUUUUAUUUUUAUGCUGGAAUUCCUGUUGCCGACCAAAUGACCAGCGUCUUCAUUUGCCUCUGUUCUGCCUUCAGGGGUCUCGGGGGUCAGAACAGGGCCUGGCUGCUUUCUGGAGGGGGCGCUGAGGUGUUUGAGGCGCUAAUCUCCUCUGCUCGUGGUCGAGUGGUCGGGCUGAAUGGAGGGACAGCGUUGUUAUCUGAGGGGGCCGUCAUUACCCAGGAUUCAACUGGGCUGACACACACACACACACACACAAGCAUGCAGUACUGACAAACACAGGGCAAGCUUUUUUUUUUAUUUCAGUGGUUAUUUAUUAAAUGUAAAAUAUCUUUAGCACAGAUUAAAAAUCAGACACCUCCAUUUAUUUAACAUCAAAGGUUGGAAAAAACAUUCCUGAAACAGAAUCACAAUUCCCUUUGGAGUCCCACUUUCAGGAUAGCUAGUCCAUGAGGCUGGGCAGAGGGCUGAGGCAAAAACCGCACGGCUCCUGGUCCCGUCACAGGGACUACAGGCCCGAAAACUCUUUCCAAGCGCAUGCUGUAGCCUUAUUCUCACCAUAGUAGAAAAUAGGUUUUAGUAGCCGAGCGUAGCUGCGGUACCUAGAAUUCAGGCGCCUCGUUUUGCCACUUCUUUUCUUCAUCUGUUACUCGUGUCAUAGAACAACACUGUCGGCGCCUCCAAUCACAGCUUGUGAUCAAGAGGCCGCCGCGCUUCAAACAGACUAACAAAAAAUUGUUCAAAAAUCAAGUUUUUGGUUCCGUCCAAAAGCGCCUUUUAACAUCCGAGCGGGCCGUGACCCGACGGUGAGCGACCCUUGGACAGCGCCGGGACCCGAACGUCUCGCGCCGCGUCCCCGGCCCAAACGGCGGCGUCCGCUCGGCCGACUCUGCCGCUGAACCGGAGCCGUCGCAGAGGUCGGCUGGUGAACACCCCCCCUAUAACCCCCCAUAACCCCCCACAACCCCCCCGUCCUCGCCCCGCUCUGCUCUGCCUCAACCCUCGCUGCUGUACAAAUGCCAACUGACAACAACUGACACAGAUGGUGAGCAGAAACACAGGACAGGCAAAGGAAGAGAACCACCCACAGGAGUAAGAAAACAGGAAGACUCUACACACACUGUCCAAGAGAGGAUAUUGCCUGACAAUAGUAUCAACUCAUUUAUUUUAAACUUUUUUCUUUUCUUUUCUUUUUUUUUUCUACUUUUUUAAAAUUACGCUUAUUUUUUAUUAUUUUUUU